GGACGGGGCGGGCAGGCGCCCCAGGGCGGGCAUGGCUUGAAGGAGGAGGAAGCGGGAGAGGCCAGGUGAGCCAUGGCGCAGGAGCUGAGCCAAGCCGAGCUGCUGGACUUCCUCUGCCGGGCCGGCGGGCGGGUCGCCAACGCCGCUUUGCUGGGCCACUUCAAGCGCUUCUUGCGCGACCCCCGGGCGGAUCCCGGGCAGCUCCAGCGCCGCCGCCACCUCUUCAAGGGCUUCGUCAACUCCGUGGCCACCGUCAGCCAGGACGGGCCCGGCGCCGCCACUUACGUGGUGCUCAAGAAACGGUACCGGGACCUCAUCGGGGAGGAGGAAUCCGAACCACCGCCGCGGGCUCCAGUCGGCCGGUCGCCUCCGCCGCAGCUCCAGCAAGCCCCGAAGUCACCGGGAGCCGCUGCUGCUGCUUCUCUGCGGGAAACCGGACGGUUCUCGGAUGGCGAAGUCGCGGCGGCCCGGAGGAAGGCCGGCAGGUGCCCGCCUGGAGUCGGAUCUCGGCCCUCGCCUGCCGUGGGCUGCCUUGGGAGAGAGAGAAAAGGUCCCCGGCCAGACGCCCCGGAUCCGCCUCAGUCGUCCAACGGCCUCGGUUUACCCAUCGGAGAAAUGGGCGCGCUUCCCAACGGCGGCAGCGCCCAGCAAAGGAUUCGGGAUUGGGUGGUCACCCAUCAUGCGGCUUCCAUGCCAUCCCAGCCCUCCCUGGCAGCGGAGGAAGCCUUCCCGGUGCCAGCCUGGUCUCAAAGCUCAGACCGGAGCUCCUGCCGCCCUGGUGGGUCGCUGGAUUGGGGGUCCUCGGAGGGCUGGCGGGAGCCUCCCGUGCCCGUCUUCCGCAGCAUCCGAAGCCGCCUUUCCUUGGAGGAUUUGGAAGGCCACCUGGAGCAGGAGAGCUCGGUCAGCGAGGAGGGCAGCAGUGCCAGCUGGGGGAGCGGCUCCCAUCCGAGGGACGGGGAAGCGGACGGCAGCGGCAUCCGGAACUCAGCUGGCCACGGGGAACCGGGGGACGCCCCCCACAGCAACGGCCUGACGGUGGUGAUGACGCCCCUUGUGAUGCCCCUUGUCCAAGACGCCAAGCCCCCUCCUCACGUGGCUUUGCUGCACCGGAUUGUUAGCAGAGCGACCACCGUGGGCAAAACAGAAAGCCGGGAUCUGUUGAGGAAAACGUCCCCAAAUCUGGAUGCCCCCUUAAGCCCCAGGUUGGCACCCAGACAAAGACCCGUGGCGAAUGCCCCGUUGGCGGAAAGGCUGGUUCCUAACCCAGAUGGCUCUGCGGAGCACAGGUCUUCCUUGGUGCCCCUGGAUGGCCGAGAACACACCUGGCUGGUGAAAAUUGCCACGGGGUCUUGGAUGCAGGUCCGGGCGCUGCUCCAGGAAGACCCUCACCUGGUACUCCACAGGGACUUCGUCUCCGGCUUCACGGUGCUUCACUGGCUGGCCAAGCACGGGAAUGCCCAGGCGCUGCAGGACUUUGUCGCCGGCGCUGAGGAGGCCGGGAUUGUCCUGGACGUCAACGUCCGUUCCGGUUGCGGCUACACCCCGCUGCACUUGGCGGCCAUCCACAGCCAUCCCUUGGUCAUGAAAAUCCUGGUGCAGAGGCUGCAUUGCCGGACGCAGGUGCGGGACAGCAGUGGCAAAAGGGCUUGGCAGUACUUGAGCGCCAACGCCUCGGGGGAAAUAUGGCAGCUUUUGGGGGGCCCUCGGGGCAGGACCAUCUUCCCAACUCAUCCCAUCGUCCGGCCGGCCGCCGUCUCCUCUUCCUCGACCUCCCUAGCCAGGAGGGUGAGCCGGAAGCCCUCGCUGGCAAGUUACUUGAAACCCCAACAUACGAAGCGGAAAAUAGGGUGUAAGUGCUCCGUUUUACAGGAGAUUGAGGAAUACAGUGAUUAAAGUUGCGACCAAGACAAAAGUGGGGAUUUUGAUGUUCCGAAUCUCCAAAGAUGUUAUGUGUCCAGCUGGUUUUUCAGCUCAUGUUUCGGGGGGAAAACCGGAUGAAAAUUGGCACUUUAUUCCUGAACGUAUUUGGAUUUUAAUUUGAACUGGGAUGGGGAGAAUUGCUUUACACGCCCCAUGCAGAAAUUUGGGGUUUGGGUCCAUA